AUGGCUUACUUCUUCUGGGAGGAUGAAGGCAUUGUGCGCAUGUUGGCCGAAUUUGAGCCUGACUUUGUCCAUCGCUUUGUGUCCUUGCCCUCGAACGUGGAGCGGGCUGACGUCUUCCGCGUUCUGGUUUUGAAAUGGUUUGGCGGAAUUUACGCAGACGUGGACACGCGACCGCUUCGUCGGCCUGUCUCUUGGGUUUCUGCUUCCGAUCUUGCUCCCUGGACAGACGCUGUGACGGAACUGAAGUACUCCUACGACAACAUAGUAAGCACCAUUCUCGGCAUUGAGGCCGAUUGUGCGCCUUACAAGAGUGACUAUUGGCGCAUGGGGUAUUCGUACCCGGUCCAACUCACACAAUGGGCAUUAGCUUCCAGUCCUGGUCACCCCAUUCUUUUACGCUUCAUGGACACUCUGCAACGGAGGCUAGAAGAUGUUGCAAGGCGCAACAGGGGAGAUAUCACCGCUCCACAAGCCGUCAGGGAGCUGCAACGGAUCGGACCGCUGUCUUUGACCGGACCAGUUGCCGUGACCAUCGCAGCAAAGACUUGGUUAGAGGAACGGAUUGGACUGCGGUGGAACGCUCUCACUGGACUCGGAGAUGGCGGCCAAAGCAAGCUGGUCGACGACGUUUUGAUCUUGCCAAUCACCGGAUUUAGGUACGCGGUCUUUCCUCUGUAUUGGAUCUGGCGUUCAGAUGCUCACAACGGACAGCCCCGGUCGAGGCAAAUACGGCAAUAUGGGCUCGAAGCCAGUCACGGACCCGUCGGCGCGAGUAUGGCACCAGGCGCAGGGAUCAUGGCGCUCCUUCGACCCCAAGGUCGAGUUUGGGAAAGCCUGUCGGACCUUGCUCGGGUUGUGCAAGGACUGGUCGAAGCAGCCAGACUGACUACCGGGUACUGCAGGAGCCAAUCGGCCAGUGGAGGUGGACAGCUAGAGACGUAUCUUGUCCCCUUCGCCGAUCUGUGGAGCCGGAGUCGAGGGGUCGACGAUUGA